CACCACUCUUACACCAGGACUACGUCCCCGGGUUAACAGCGCUUGAAGAACACAUAAAAGCCACUGCGGAUCCAAGACCACAGGAUCAUCAGGAUCAUCUCUAGAACCAACCAUCUACUUAAACCUGCCAAACCAUCAACACCCGGGGAUUCUACUUCCUAGCUAUCAGUCAUCCGCACUCCCCCCACAACUCACAUCAACUACCCCAUCACCCCACACAACCAUACACCCAAUGGCCAACCACCCCAUCAUCCGCCCCUCAGCCACAUCACCAGUCCGCGUCAAAGUAAUCUACGACUUCAUCCCGGAGCAGGACUCCGAACUAGCGCUGAAAGUGGGCGACGUACUCGAAGUGCAGGAGAUCAACGAGGCGGGGUGGAUGCUGGGUAGGCACGUCGGCGGGUGGAAGCGCGGGUGGUUCCCUGUUACGUAUACGGAGGAUCUGGGGGAUGAGGGGAACGAUGUGGUUGUGGAGUGGAGGGUUAGUGUGGGAUGAGGAGGUCGUUGCGAUUAAUUGAUUGAAUGAAUUGAUGGAUGGAUUGAAGAUUUACGUGAAAUGAGUAUAUGAGCUUGGGCUUCUAGGGAACGAAAUUGGAUGUAUGUAUGGGCGGAUGCGAAAUGAAAUGAUUAAGUAUGCUACAGAAACUACAUCUAACCGAAAACUUCCAUCAUGAAAUGAUACUCUACUUUCCUCCCUUCG